UGCCACCCUCCAAGAGCUCAGCAGCUCUACCCUUCUGCCCCUCUUCUGCUUCCCUCUGUUUAUAGGUACUGAUCUGAUCAGAGAGUCAACUCUCUCUCGAGCAGCCACCAUUUCUUCUUCUCCCAAUUGCGAAUCUCCUAAUCUCAUUCCUCGUCACCUUCAGCAAUGGCUCAUUCCGCCUUCUCUCAGGUUGCUGUUUCGGUUCCUGUGGGCAGCGACUCGUCGUCCCUCAAGCAAUCCGUAUUUAAGGCACAAAGUAUAAGUUUCCAAGGCACAUCGUGGGCCCCUUUCUCAACUCUGAGCUCAAAAACAAGAAGCAAAAGAUUGAGCGAUCAGUAUGUAGUAUGCAUGUCCUUGCAACAAGCAAGUGUGCCCAAGGUAGCUGUUGCUCCAUUGGAACUCGAGGAUGCGAAAGAGCCCCCUCUCAAUCUGUACAAGCCGAAGGCGCCAUAUACGGCAACAAUUGUUUCUGUGGAGAGGCUCGUAGGACCCAAAGCUCCUGGGGAAGUCUGUCACAUUGUGAUCGAUCACGGCGGUAAUGUUCCCUAUUGGGAAGGGCAGAGUUACGGUGUUAUCCCCCCUGGUGAAAAUCCAAAGAAACCGGGGACACCUCACAAUGUAAGGCUCUAUUCAAUUGCCUCCACAAGGUAUGGAGACUCUUUUGAUGGCCAAACAGCCAGCCUUUGUGUCCGCCGUGCUCUUUACUAUGACCCUGAGACAGGAAAGGAAGAUCCCUCCAAGAGUGGUGUUUGCAGCAACUUCCUUUGCAACGCAAAGUCGGGUGACAAGGUGCAGAUUACAGGCCCAUCAGGCAAAAUAAUGCUAUUGCCCGAAGAUGACCCAAAUGCAACCCAUAUAAUGAUUGCCACUGGGACUGGAAUUGCUCCUUUCAGGGGCUAUCUGCGGCGAAUGUUUAUGGAGUCAGUUCCGACCUACAAGUUUGGUGGGCUCGCCUGGCUCUUCCUUGGGGUCGCCAACUCUGACAGCCUCCUUUAUGACGAGGAGUUCAAAAAGUACCUCAAGGACUAUCCCGACCAUUUCAGGUACAACACGGCGCUGAGCAGAGAGCAGAAGAACAAGAGUGGUGGGAAGAUGUACGUGCAGGACAAGAUCGAGGAGUACAGCGACGAGAUCUUCAGGCUACUUGAUAAUGGGGCACAUAUAUACUUUUGUGGGCUCAAGGGGAUGAUGCCAGGAAUCCAGGAUACGCUGAGGAAGGUUGCAGAGCUGAGAGGGGAGAGCUGGGACGAGAAGCUCUCGCAGCUCAAGAAGAACAAGCAGUGGCAUGUCGAGGUCUAUUAGUUGGUUUUGUGCUAUCCGAUGUUUGAGCUUAUUGAGCUGUGCGGGGUUGCUCCCCAUUGAUUUCGGGCAGGGGGAAGCCAUCUUUGUACCAUUGAAUAAUUUUAGGGGUUGAGUAAUUAAGAUUAUCAUUGGACGAGGAGGAGCAAUUCUUGCAUUUGUUCCUGAAUUGUACUGUCUCUGUUGGAGGUCAGCAACAACUAGUGUCCUCGUCGUGGGUAAAUUACACCAGAGUACAAAAUAUUUUGGAAAUGUA